GUCAGAUUACAAGAAGGAACAUAUGAAGGCAGACACAUAAAAAUUUGUUAGGAAACUCAUCACACAUUUUUGGAACCUGUGCUUUUAUAACCACGGAGGAAUGCCUGUGGACGUGGAGAAGAUUAUUCAGUUUAUUAAACAAGGCGACCAGGACAAUGUUCAGCUACACCUGGAUGAUUACAACACUGAGUACUCAGAAUGCUUCUUUUUUGAUGUGGAAGAAAAAGAGAGAAAAAAGCAAAGAGAGCUGGAAGAGUUUCGCAGGAAUAAAGUGAGACAGUAUGUUCCAGACUCUGAUUCAGAUUUGGACUCUGAUGAAAAUGAGGAUCAAGAUCUUGUUCUGCGGAGGAGGCUUGCUGCAGCUCUGAUCUGGUUCAUUCGCAUGCGGCUGCAGCCAGGCGUUUUGAGAGUGUGUCUGCGAACUCUGCGAAUUAUCUCGCGUGAUCGAAAGGCCUUGGCUCCCCUGAUCACAGACUACGCCAUUCUAACUCUUGCUCGACUCGGGGGCAUCUCCGCCCUGCCUACCUGGCCUGAAGAAGAGGAGGCUGAGUGGGGCUCCUCCCACAGUGACAUCACUCCCGAGAAUGAGACAGAGACACAUCUGGAUAAUAACGGCAGCAAUGCACAACACCUAACAUCUUUCAGGGAGGGAGAUGAUUCGGUCGUUGUCUUUGCACCCUGUGCUGAGUCUUUGGUCUGUGAAGGAGGUGUGCAGAGCAACCCUGUGAAUGUAGCAUCUAACUGUAAUGUUGGGAGAGAAACACAAAACGACCGUCAUGAAGAAAAUGAAAGGAAAGAUGGGGUCUGUGGGCUGUUGACAAGAGGAAAGAGAGAUGCUAGAAGAGAGAAGGAUGAAGAGGAGGGGCAUGAUGAUGGAGAGGUCUGGAGGAAAGAGGCGAUGAAGGCCUUGUGCAAUGUCAUCUACAACAGCCCGAAAGCACAAGAGAGAGCCUGCAUCCUGAGGUUGCUCCAUGGCCUGUCAGAAAGACUUAAAGAUGGUAUACAUUCCUCACCACCUCCAAGUGGUCAAUUUUAUGAACUGCGGCUUCUCUUUCUGUUGACUGCUUUACGGCCUGAGCUUAGAAUAGAACUCUGCCAGGAGCGCGGCGUGUCCAUGCUGACUGCUGCUCUGGAACAGUGUUUAGAAAUGCGCUGGGGAGAGAUGCAUGAGGUGCUGACUGACCUCACAGCACCCCCUGUGUCUAAGGAUGUGACUCAGCGUGCCCUUGAGAUUCUCAAGACCCUGUUCAACAUUACCUACAGUGUGCACAGACAGGAAGUAGAUGAGGAGGCUGCAAAUUUGUAUCGUCACCUAGCUGCAGUCCUGCGUCACUGUCUACUCGUGCCCUGUGAGGGAGAGGAUAGAAAAGAGGAACUACAAGGGCACACAGUGAAUGUGCUCUCAGCGCUCCCACUGCAGUGCCUAGAUGUUCUGCUAUCCGUUCGCAUAUCUGAAGCUUCGAAGGAGUCCGGUGGAGUCAACAUGGACUGCGUACACACUCUGCUUCUCUUCAUGGAGAAGAGACUGGACAGAGGCCAAAAGCUGAAGGAAAAGUUGGCUCCAGUGUUAAACCUGUUGACCGAAAGCAGCAAAGCACACAGGGAAACUAGGCACUAUCUCAGACAGCAGAUCCUGCCUCCACUGAGAGACGUUGGGAUGAGGCCUGAACAGGGGAACACAUUGAGGAGCAAACUAGUGCGACUCAUGACCCAUGUUGACACUGAUAUCAAACACUGUGCAGCUGAGCUUCUCUUUGUGCUCUGUAAAGAAAAUGUGAGCAGGUUUGUGAAGUACACUGGUUACGGUAAUGCAGCGGGGCUGCUGGCGGCACAGGGUCUUUUGAACGGCCGUGGCCCCUCUCCUCAACCGCAGUACUCCAGUGACUCUGACUCAGACACGGAGGAGUACAGACAGGCCAAGGACAGGAUUAACCCUGUGACGGGACGGGUGGAAGAGGAACAGCCUGAUCCUAUGGAAGGAAUGACUGAAGAAGAGAAAGAGGCAGAGGCGCUCAGACUCAUAAACAUGUUCAACAAGCUCUCACGAGGCAAAAUCAUUCAGCCAAUGGGAGUGACAACGGAUGGCAAACUGGCUCCGCUUUGUGGCCAGACGAGGCACAGCGCUGUGGAGGAGGAGGAGGACGAAGAAGAAGAGGAAGAAGAAGAUAGUGAAACAGAGCAGUAAUGAUGUCAACAUGAUCACGAUGAUGAUUAAUGACAGACAGGUGCAAGAUAAUUUAUACUAAUGACUGAUAUAGCGCUGAGACGAUAUUAAUAUCUAGAAAUCCAAUAACUAACAAUGAUAAGGAAAUAAGUUAUUGGUUCAUUUAAUCGGUUGUUGCAAAUAUGGGAUGUAAAAGGAAAUGAUAUUGAGACACGAAACAGAAUAAUAAACCAAGCUCUCGUAUGAUGUGUGAAGAAAAGAAUAAGGUUUGCAAAUAAUAAUAAUAAUUUAGAAUGUACAAAAUAUAGCGGGAAAAUUUAAUUUCUUUGUGUGAGACACGAUGCCAGCUAGAAACCGUAAAAUUGGAAGCUACUAAGAAGCAAAGGAGGAAGAAAGAGACAAAGAGAGACAGCCGUCACGCCGAGGACAGACGAACACUCUUUGAGAAGAGAAUGCUGCUGGUGUUGCCAUGGUAUUGUUGCCAUGGUAACAACAGGAAACGCAGCUCCACGGAUUCUCUUUUCCUCGCGCUCAAGCAGGAGUGGAAUGUUUACCUUGAAGAGAACCUGCUAGCCUCCUGCACUGAGAACGCUCAGUCAGAGCGACGUCGUUCUUCAAAUCCUCAGAGAGAUGUUUUCAUUCGAAGAGUGAUUAGUACACUUUGAACCGAGUUUCAGUAUUUAGCACAGGUUAUUUGACUGUACUGCUUGAUUUCUAAUGUAUUUCCUUUCACGGUAUCAUUCCUAACCCGUACAACAUACCAGCAUGUAUGUCUAGAACAAAUAAAAUGAAGAAGAAAAAAAAAA